AUGACAAAAAAAGACACGGAUCAAGAUGAGACUGAACCACAUGGUCCUAAAAUAGAAGCAUUAUCAGCAAAUCAACAACAUCAAAAUUUAGAAACUUAUCAACAACAACAACAGCCUCAACCAUUUUCACAACAACAAUUACUUCAACAACAACAAGCUAUUGCAUCAAAUAAUGCUUCACAAUUAUCAAGAAAAUUACCACCUUUACUGACUGUUUAUCGAACUGAUUAUCAACCUUUCACUACUUUCCUACCUUAUGAACCAGCAUUUAGAGAACCUCCUUCACAACAACAACCACAAACAGGAUCAAGUCAAAAUCCUAAUCAAUCAUUAAAUUCAGAAUAUCAAAUGCCUAUAAAAGCAGCUGCUGAAGCAUUAAAAUUAAAUAUGCAACAACCAUCAUUAGAUUCAUCAAUUAAUAAAUUUAAAACAUCAAAACCAAAAAAAUCAACCACCACCACCACUAACAAUCCUAAAACUAACUCCACCACAACAACUUCAGAAAAUAAAAAAUCAGAUCCAUUAAGACCAUAUGCAUGUACAAUAGAAACAUGUGAAUGGUCAUUUGCAAGACAAUCUGAUUUAACAAGACAUAUGAAAUCUCAUUCUCCUCCACAAUAUCCUUGUCCAUAUUGGAAAAAUGAUCCAACAUGUCAUAAAAAUAAUGGAUCAUUUAAUAGAUUAGAUGUUUUAAAACGUCAUUUAAAAUUAGUUCAUUAUGUUAAAGAUAAAAAUCCAAUUAUUACUACUGAAGAAUCAAGUAGUGAUAAAAAGACAAAAACUAGUAAAAAUAGUAAUACAACUACAAUUAAAAAUGUUGAUGAACCUGGUUGGUGUAGAUCUUGUCAAAAAAUGUUUCCAAAUGCAAAAGCAUUUAUUGAACAUUGUUUUGAAUGUGCUGAAAAUACUCAACCUGCUGAAUGGAGAGAUAAAAAAAAUUUAGGAAAUAAUUCUAAUUAUAAUGGUGAAUCCAGUAGUAAUAAUUCAAGAAAUAAUGGACGUGGUCAACAAACUACAUUUAGAGUUAUAUUGGAACCAAAAGCUAAGAAACAAAAAGUUGAAUAA